AAUCCAUGUCGGACGCGUCCCAGAACCUCGUGAGCGCCAACAUCGUGUCUCUGUACCAGGCCGGGGCCUUCUUCGGGGCCUUCUUCGCCUACCCCAUCGGUCAUUUCUGGGGUAGGAAGUGGGGUUUGAUGUCGGCUGGUCUUAUCUUCACUCUGGGGGCGGGUCUGAUGCUGGGAGCCAACGGCGACCGGGGAUUGGGCUUGAUCUACGGGGGUCGCGUGCUGGCCGGUCUGGGGGUGGGUGCCGGUUCCAACAUCACGCCAAUCUACAUCUCGGAGCUGUCUCCGCCGGCCAUUCGAGGUCGCUUGGUCGGAGUUUACGAGCUGGGGUGGCAGAUCGGUGGUCUGGUUGGUUUUUGGAUCUGCUACGGUGUCGACGAGACAUUGCCACCGAGCCACAAGCAGUGGAUCAUCCCGUUUGCUGUGCAGCUGAUCCCCUCGGGUCUUCUACUGAUCGGUGCCAUGCUGAUCAAGGAAUCUCCGCGGUGGCUGUUCCUACGAGGCCGCCGCGAGGAGGCCAUCCAGAACCUCAGCUGGAUUCGGCAGCUUCCCGAGGAUCACAUCUACAUGAUUGAGGAGAUCGGCGCCAUUGACCAGUCUCUGGAGCACCAGCGGUCGACCAUCGGCCUCGGGUUCUGGAAGCCAUUCAAGGCGGCGUGGACGAACAAGAAGAUCCUGUACCGUCUCUUCUUGGGAAGCAUGCUGUUCCUCUGGCAGAACGGCUCUGGAAUCAACGCCAUCAACUAUUACAGUCCGACGGUGUUCAAGAGCAUCGGUCUGCGGGGAUCGAACACCAGCCUGUUCACCACGGGCAUUUUCGGCGUGGUCAAGACGGUGGUCACCUUUGUCUGGCUGCUCUGGUUGAUUGACCACGUCGGUCGCCGGCUGCUUCUGCUGGUCGGCGCUGCGGGUGGCUCGAUCUGCCUGUGGAUUGUAGGCGCGUACAUCAAGAUCGCCAAGCCGUCGGAACGCGACAACCAGCAGAUGGACGGCGGCGGCAUCAUGGCGAUGUUUUUCUUCUAUCUGUGGACCGUCUUUUACACCCCUUCGUGGAACGGCACUCCAUGGGUGAUCAACUCGGAAAUGUUUGACCCCAACGUGCGAUCUCUCGCUCAGGCCUGCGCCGCCGGGUCCAACUGGCUCUGGAACUUUUUGAUCUCUCGAUUCACCCCGCAGAUGUUCGCCAAGAUGGACUACGGGGUGUACUUCUUCUUUGCGUCUCUGAUGAUUCUGUCCAUCAUUUUCGUGUAUCUGUUGAUUCCCGAGACGAAGGGAAUUCCGCUGGAGAGUAUGGACUCGCUGUUCGAGCACAAGCCCAUCUGGCGCGCCCAUGAGAGGGUGCUGGCGCAGAUUCGCGAGGAUGAGGAGCGCUUUCGACGGGACUUGGAGGAGUCUGGGUUCACGAAGCGAGACACGGAGCAGGUAGAGGAGGCGGACGGAUCGGUGGAGUCGAAGGUGUACGGAUGAUGGGUAUAAAUGGUGGAUGGCUGUAUAAGUCGAUAAUCGAGUCGUUUUCAGAACCGAAUUCAG